UGAAAGAGGAACCUAUCCACAUUUUGACUGUUGCCCUCAAAGAGGUUGAUUCUGAGCAGGAUGAUGAACUAAUGCUUAUCUUCAGCAAAUUCUGUCAAUCACAGAAAGCACUUCUUUUUGACUUCGGAAUCAGACGAAUCACCUUUCUAGUUGGGCAGAAGAGAGAAUUCCCCAAGUACUUCACCUUCAGGGCCAGCGCUGAGUUUGCAGAGGAUCGUAUUUAUCGACAUUUGGACCCGGCACUAGCCUUUCAGCUGGAACUUAACCGAAUGCGAAACUUUGACCUCACUGCUGUUCCCUGCAGUAAUCACAAGAUGCACCUGUAUUUAGGUGCUGCCAAGGUGAAAAAAGGAGCAGAGGUCACUGACUACAGGUUCUUUGUCCGAGCAAUAGUGCGACACCCUGACCUCAUCACUAAGGAAGCCUCUUUUGAAUAUCUACAAAAUGAGGGGGAACGUCUGCUGCUUGAGGCCAUGGAUGAAUUGGAGGUGGCUUUUAACAAACAGACUAUCCGCACUGACUGCAAUCACAUCUUCCUCAACUUCGUGCCAACUGUGAUAAUGGACCCAUCCAAGAUUGAGAAGUCUGUCCAUGACAUGGUGAUGAGAUAUGGGAGCAGGUUGUGGAAACUCAGGGUCCUGCAAGCUGAGCUCAAAAUCAAUAUUCGCCUAACCCCCACAGGAAAAGCAAUCCCAAUCCGUUUGCUCCUCACCAAUGAAUCUGGAUAUUACUUGGAUAUGAGCCUUUACAAGGAGGUGACAAAUGCCAGGACUGGACAGAUCAUGUUCAUUUCAUAUGGAGAAAAGCAGGGACCUCUCCAUGGAAUGUUGAUGAAUACACCUUAUGUCACCAAAGAUCUACUCCAGGCAAAGCGAUUCCAGGCUCAGAGCCUGGGAACAACCUAUGUCUAUGACUUUCCUGAAAUCUUUCAGCAGGCUCUCUUUAAGCUGUGGGGGUCUGAUGUAGAGUGUCCUAAGGAACCAUUCCUGUGCACAGAACUUGUGCUAGACUCUCAGGGUCAACUCGUGCAUAUGAACAGGAUUCCUGGAGGUAAUGAGGUAGGAAUGGUGGCCUGGAAAAUGAACUUAAAAACUCCGGAAUAUCCUGAAGGACGUGACAUUGUUGUCAUAUGUAAUGAUCUCACUUAUAAGACUGGUUCAUUUGGCCCCGAGGAGGAUUUGCUGUUCUUGCGGGCAUCUCAACUAGCCAGAGCGGAAGGCAUUCCAAGAAUCUACAUAGCAGCUAACAGUGGUGCCAGGAUUGGCCUUGCUGAAGAGAUAAGGAAUAUGUUUCAAGUGGCCUGGGAAGAUCCAGAUGAUCCAUACAAGGGCUUCAGAUACCUAUACUUGACGCCUCAGGACUACACCAGAAUUAGCCCCUUUAACUCUGUGCACUGUGAACAUGUUGAGGAGGAUGGAGAGUACAGAUAUGUUAUAACUGACAUUAUUGGCAAAGAGGAAGGCCUGGGAGUGGAGAACCUGCGAGGAGCUGGAACCAUUGCUGGAGAAUCCUCCCUUGCUUACAAUGAAAUUGUCACCAUCAGUCUGGUGACUUGUCGUGCAAUUGGAAUUGGAGCAUACUUAGUGAGGUUGGGACAACGUGUGAUCCAAGUGGAAAAUUCCCAUAUCAUUCUCACUGGAGCCAGUGCACUGAACAAGGUUCUUGGUCGUAAAGUGUACACAUCCAACAACCAGCUAGGUGGAGUGCAUAUCAUGCACAACAAUGGUAUAUCACAUACUACUGUUCCUGAUGACUUUGAGGGUGUUUAUACCAUCUUACAGUGGCUAUCGUACAUGCCUAAGAACAACACGAGUCCAGUGCCUGUAAUCACCCCGAAGGAUUGUCCUGAGAGGGAAAUUGACUUUGUCCCCACCAAGGCUCCAUAUGAUCCUCGUUGGAUGCUGGCUGGCAGACCUCAUCCAAAUAUCAAGGGUGCCUGGCAGAGUGGUUUCUUUGACCAUGGAUCGUUCAUUGAAAUCAUGAAACCCUGGGCACAGACAGUAGUUGUGGGAAGGGCAAGGUUAGGUGGGAUCCCUGUGGGAGUUAUCGCUGUGGAGACUCGGACCGUUGAAUUGACAAACCCAGCGGAUCCAGCUGACCCCGAAUCAGAAUCAAAA